GAAGCACGACGCUGCACUUCCAGAUCACCAGGAUGAAGGACGAUGCUCUCUUUGUGUGGGCGGGAGUGGACACGCCUGUUCCGGCGCACAGGAGGGGCGAGGAGGGUGAGGUGGCGCCGGAUACUAUGGGAAAGUUGAGUGGGUUGGCUGUCGCCAUGCCGACGCGAUAUGACGGCGGCAUCGACGACGUUGUUGGCUACAACGGGUGGAGACGACCCGAAUGAGCGCCUUGCAAAGCGUCUUGCAACGAAACACGGCAUCCAGAUCUUUAUUUCUAUGGAUAUCCCACCACCUUCAGCGAGCAGCGUAAUGGGUGGGGAUGAAGUGGAAGCCACCCAACAGCUGGUUGAACAGCGGAUUGCCGCCCUCGUUAGGGAUCUGAUUGCCUCCCCCAAACUGGCGCACUUCUCGGAUACGACUGCGCCGUCGGAAGCAAAUCCGUCACCACCAGGCCCAGGUGCGGCGCCGUCUGAUGGACAGUCUCAACAAAACACGGCACCGUCACGCGAUACCAACGGCAGUAGUUCGUCAUCACCACAUGAACCUUCGUCGACCGGCACAACACCACCUUCCUCAUCCGCAUCGAAAGACUGGGAGUCCUUCUUUCGCGAGACCCCACCGCCAGCCGGCAUCGAAGAAGCCGGCCAACGCGUCGACGCCUUCGUAGCUUUGCACGCCGCGGCCAACCGACGCGUCGUUCUCGUCACCUCCGGUGGUACCACGGUCCCGCUCGAGCGCAACACCGUGCGGUUCAUCGAUAACUUCAGUGCGGGCACACGGGGCGCGACGUCGGCGGAGUACUUCAUUGAGGCGGGUUAUGCGGUGAUCUUUAUGCAUCGCCAGUUCUCCUUGCAGCCGUAUAGUCGGCAUUAUUCGCAUACUACGAACUGCUUUCUGGAUUACAUGAAGGUUUUGCCCGACGGUUCAUUGACCGUCGAAAGCAAAUACACCGACCACAUGCGCACCGUCCUCUCCGACUACAACCACGCCAAACAAGACCACCUCCUCAUCAUGGAGCCCUUCGUAACCGUCGAAGACUACCUCUUUCUCCUCCGGCGCUUCACGACCUCCAUGUCGCGGCACCUGCGCCACAACGCCAUGUACUACCUCGCUGCGGCCGUGUCGGAUUUCUUUGUGCCGGCUGGCAAGCUGGCGGAACAUAAGAUUCAGAGCAGUGGCGGUGAGCUGAAUCUAAAGUUGGACCAGGUGCCGAAGAUUAUCUUUCCGUUGGUGGAUCGGUGGGCUGAGAAAGGGUUUAUUAUCUCUUUUAAGCUCGAAACCGAUCCCUCAAUCCUCGACUCCAAAUCCCGCCGCGCCCUCGCGACCUACCACCACCAACUCGUCAUCGGCAACAUCCUCGCAACACGCAAAAAGACCGUUUCGAUCGUCUCUGCCAACGCGCGGCAAUCACAAACACCCGCAUCGACGAGUUCGGCGGAGCAGCAAUUAGAAACGACGACGACGGAGAUCACGCUCACACAGGCAGAACUGGACGCACAUGUGGAGAUUGAGAGCCGGAUCGUGCCGUUGGUUGUGCAGCGGCAUGGAGAGUGGAUUGACGAGCAGACUAGGUCACAUGCUCGGUUGCGGGUGCAAACUCAUCAGACACUGCGCAUUGCUGGAGUAUCAUUCGAAGGGUGGAGAAUGCAUCGACUGGUCAAGGCUCACAGCUUUGCAACACCUUGAUGCAUCAGCUGCCAAAUAGGUUGCAUUGGCAAUGCCUAUCAAUCCGGGAGAAGGCAGUCAAGGUAGCAACUGCCAACACUGCUGACACGCUGGACGAAUUUGCACCCAAUCCCACACGCAACAAGAGUGUUACGCCAAGAAGCACUUUUCUCCACAAAGAAGAAUGCUUUGGAGCUCUGUCA